CAUGUCCCCCCCCUCCCGCAUGACGUCAAUGCCGCAAACCCUUUUUGAGCAGCACUUUUACGGCAGACAGACAGGUACACGCGAAAGGGAUGGAUAAGAUAAAAUCAUACGAUGAAUUACGAAAACAACUGGAAAAUGAUGAACUUACACAAAAGGGCUUUGAUGCCAGAGUAAAACAUUUAUUGUGUGGAGAAGAGGCACAUAGUGGAGGAAGUCUAGGAACAUUGGAGACAAAAGAAAAAAAUGAGAAGGCAUAUAUGGAUGCAGCACAAGUAUUUACCAAGGCAAAACAGUUAAUAAAACCCCAGGUGAAAAAAUGUCAGUUUCCCCUUCGUCAGAAAGAAAAGACCCUAUUAAAGAUAAAAAUGAGUCCCAUGGAGUGGAAACCACGCACAUCCAAAAAACCAGGCAGAUAUCAAAAAGUCAUUCUUGAAGAAGCCCCACCAAGGAUCAUAGUGGCAGGCACAGAAGAUUAUGAUGAACUGAUACGUAUUGCUCAGGAGGCAUUUUGGACAGAAAAGGAAAGAGAGGGAAGUACAUUUACUCUUUGCCAUUCAGAUGGCACAAGGUGGACAAAGGAGCAGUUUAACCAAGAAUAUGGAUCUGUCUCUGAGAUUCCAACUCCUUGGAAGAGAUCAUUUUAUAUUGGACGUAGAGAAAUGGAUAUUAUCUGCCUCGGUGAAAGCAGUUCAGCAUUAGGAAAUGAUGAAAUGGAAGACUCGGACAUGGACUUCCAACCUAAGGGAUCUAGAUGUGUAGGAAGAUCAUCACAGCCAAGUGUAGAAAGAUAUAUGGUAGAGGUUCAGCUGCAGGGAGAAUCCUUAAGUUUAGGUAAAAGUUCUAGGAGAAACGCAAGUGCUGAUGCUAGUCCAGAUCCACAUUCUGAGAGAUCUUUGAAUGGAGGCACAGGAACAUCCACAAAUUCAGAUCCAGGUGCAGCAAGAUCCACUAGUGCUGAUUCAGGUACAGAUCAGGGUGCAAGGGAGACCUCAGUUCCAGAGAUUCAAAUUGCAACUCCUAAUCCAGAGAUGCCCAUGUAAGAAGGUGUUUGCCCACAAAAUGAGGUGUUUUAUGUGUCAUCUAAUGUUGUCACCAUUUUACCGUCAUUGUAUUCUCCACGCCUGCCAUUAGUGGACAAAUCACUAAUCAGUUACAGUGAACAGAACCUGUUGGGUGAAGGAACAUUUGGGAAAGUAUAUCUAGGUUCUUUUCAGGGAACCCCAGCUGCCAUAAAGAGGAUUCCAUAUGGCAUAGCAGGACUUCAAGAUCAGGACAUACAGCAUGAGAUUCUCGUCUCAAUGCGAUUGAGCCAUCCCAAUAUUGUACGACUCAUGGCAGCAGCCCACACUGAAAACACGUUCUUGCUGGCCAAUGAAUACAUUCAUGGUACAACCCUGGAUAAUGUGCUACACAGUGACAAUGCUUGUGUUAAGCUUGAAGGAAACGACAGUCAUUUUGUUGCCCUGGACAUUUCAAUGGCCGUUGAAUACAUCCAUUCAAAAAAUGUCAUCCAUCAGGAUCUGAAGCCUGACAAUAUCCUUAAGAAAGAAAGUCAUCCAGGUUUUAAAUGACAUGGGGGUUGACCAGUUCUCUAAAAAGGCUGUGCUUACUGACUGGGGACUUGCCAACAUAAGGGGCACAGUUUUACUGCAGCAAGGAAGCAGAUUCACUGGAGGGAAAAUAGGACCAAUGGGUGGGACUUUUCUUUACAUGGCUCCAGAAUGUCUAAUUGAAUUUGAAGAGGCUUCCAGAAGCUCCGACAUCUGGUCUUUGGGAGCAACAUACCUUGAACUUUUUACAAAGUUGAAGCCCUGGACAGUAAAAAACCAAAAGCAGUUGUGCAGCCUGAUGACAAAAAAUGCACAGCCACACGCUCUGGAACAUCUGUGUGAAAGAUACAGUUUCAUCUCCAUGAUGGUACACUAUGACCCAGCAUCAAGACCUGAAGCUUCAUCUGUUGUUCUUUCCUUAAAAACUGUUGAGGGGCUAGAUCUCCAGAGCCGUUACGGUUACAAAUGGUAAAUAACAAAUGUGUCAAAAGUUUACAUACAACCUGCAGAAAAUGGAAAACGUUGCAGAUGUUUACGUAUAGUCAACAACACCAAAUAACUACAUUUAUUAUUUACAUUUAAUAACUUCACUUACAAAAAUAAGCCUGUUCAAGUUUCCACACACCUCAUUCUUACUGGUGUACAAUGUUAACUGAACAGUUAAUGUCAGUUAUUUGUCAUAGCUGUGGAAGAGUUUCUUGUUCAGUCAGAGCUGACAAAACAUAAAAACUGACAUUAACUGUUCAGUUAUCAUUGUACAGUAGUUAGAAUCAGGUGUGUGGAAACUUUUGAACUGGCUUAUUUUCGUUGUUGACUACAUGUAAACAUCUGUUAUGUGAAGUAACUUGUUC